AUGUGCAAGGCGUUGGUGCAUAACACUUGCGGCGGCCAGCGCCAAUGGGACUUAGGAUUUUCAGCUGUUGCACAGGUGGCGCUUUAUACAAAGCGCACUCUUCUGAAGAUGCGUCACUUGAAAAGGGGGGAACUCCUUGUUCGCCUGCCACAAUUAACAGGGAUUACCUGGAUUUCUCGUCUGGAGGCUAGCACAUCGUUACUCUGUUCGAUAACGGAGGUUGAUGCUGCGAGCAUCGCAAUCAUCGUACCUGCCGAUGGGGAGUGUACGACAGUGCCGUACGCAAGUGUGGUGUCCAACAGCGGGCCGUACGGCGCGUUGCUGCAGCAUGUUCAGCAGCAAGGUCUUAAGGCGGCUGUGGCGGCGGCGGCUCGGAACGGCGGUGAACCCUUCACCAGCUCCCACGUGGUUCGUGGGUGCCCGAACGGCGAGGUCGUCCUCCUUUCUGCAGGAACUUCUAGUAAUGGUUUCGGAGGUAGCACCUUCAUAACUGCUAUCUCUGCAGGGGGCCUUGGCAGCAGCGGGUACGGGAUUGCUGGUGGCAGCGGCGGCGACGGCGGUGCAGCCGCCGACAUACCUACUGACUGGGCCGCCGUCGCAGCCUCCUCACCGCUGCGGCGCUUCUGCGGCCUGCCGUUACGAGUGGGUCCACAGCUGAUAGCUGUUGUGACGCUGGCUUGGGCAGGAGACUGCCUCGUUCCGCCAGGUCUGAGGUCUUGCGCCGCCGGCGGCGCUGGCGGCGGCGGCGGCGCAACCGCUGCUGGCGGGUACGACAGAGGUGCUGCAGCCGGCGGCGGCGUAUCAGGCUCCAUGCAACGGAUCCCGCCAUCGCCCACGGCGGCGGCAACACCGGCGGCGCAGCAUGACCAGCAGCGGCGCCAGUUACCCGUCGCCAUGGCGGCGCCGUCGGGGGCAGAGCGAGCAUGCCUGCUGCAACUGGCGCAGGUCGUUAGUUUGGGCCUUUUCGGAGACGCCGCCAGCGUGGUAUACGGCCAAAAGGUUGCUCGGAUGAUUCAUUCUAUGACGCAGGCGGUGACGUUGCAGGCAACUCUGGACGGCCUGCUGGCGGGCGUCCGGGACAUUCUGUUCCAUCGCUGCCAACACGACCUCACCGCCACGCUAGCCCUCAAACACAAUGUCGUACCCACCGCCGCGUUUAUUUUGGAGGGUCGCUCUCCGGGGUCCCUCUCUCCACCGCCGCCUUCCGCACAGCUGCAGCCCCGCGGAAGUACGACAACGGCUCAGGGGACGUCAACAGCGACGGCGGCGCCGGCGGCGGGACAGCAGCGAGGGCUGCAUCCCCCAGCUGCUGCUGGCGGCAACAAUGGUGGCGGCGGAGGCGGGUCGCAGCAGCGGCCGGCGGCGGGACAACCUCGCAGCGUUGCUCCGGCGGUGACGGGGGCGGCGGCCAGUCAUCCACAGCCGAACCGUUCGCAUAAGCUGCAAGGGAACGCGCUGGCCGCCUCCGGCGGCGGCGGCGGCGGCGGUCCUGCGGCCGCCGUAUCACCUGUCGCCGCUGGCCCUGCGGCCGCCGCCAUAAGCACGCCUGGGAACGCAUCCCUUGGCGGGAGCAGCAACGCUCAUAACAACCAUGCCAGUGUUAAUGCAGCCGCUGCUGCCAGCACUAGUAGCAACAUGAAUAAUAAUAAUAACAACAACAACAGCAAUGUUAGCAUUAACAUGAACAACAACAACAUCUCCUACAACCACGCGAGGAGCUCGAACCUCAUUGCAAACCAAAGUCCAAGCCUUAACAACGCAAACCUGUCCUCUGGUGGCGUAGGGCCCUCCGGCCGUAUCAGCGUCAGUGCGCAUUACCACCGCUUGCGAUCUGGAGAAGGCGGCCGUGGUGGGGCCAUUGGCGGUAGCACCAUCAUCGCCGGCAACAGCGCCGCUGGCGUUAUGAGCGGCGUCCUCCGCCACGCUAUGAGCGUCGACCUGGGUGGUUCAACCGAGGGGGACUGCGACACGCCGUCAACCGUACACGCGCAUAUCACGUCGCUCGCCCACACGCUUUUGAUGGCGUCUCUAAGUAUGGGGCCGGAGGCCGCCGAUGAUGACCCACGGGUCGCUGGCGGCGGCGGCGGCGGCGGGGCCCGCCAUGCCCAAGCGUCUGGAACCCAGGAUCGCGGAGAUUCAUCGACGGGAAAGCGGGCACUGGGGGGUUAUAUGUCACUCCAGGGGAAGACCAACGGUGUGGUUGGGCGUGCAGGACCCGCGGUGUGGGAGGUAUGGGGAAAGGGCGAGAGAGGGCGGCUGGAGAGGGGUUUGGAUGAAUCAAUGCCCUGCCGAGAUUUGGUGCUCGUCCAAAAACUGACCCGUAUGCCCGUACAAUCACUCGUACUAGUGGUUGUACGGCCAACCGACGUGGCGGCUGCGGCGGGCUGUCAGGGCGCGCCGCUACCUCCGUGCGCUUUCAACUCCCACUACAACUCCACUACCCAAACCAGCACGCAUAUCCACACAAACACACAAACACACCACACAACGGCCACCGCCUCAACGACGUCCACUGGCAUGGACUCCGCCUCCCACCCCGCCGCGUCCCUGCUCGCUGGUUCCAUUCCCUCUAUGGGCCUUUAUUUGACAAGUUCAGAACCUCUUCCCAGGUCAGCGCUACAGGGCGUCUUGCAGGAGGCGCGUGAAGCGAUACGGCUGGCGACCGAGGCGUUGCAUCGGCAUGUGACCCAGGGGUCACUCUUGGAUGAAUGGAACGGGCUCUUGGAAGCUAUGGCCACAGCUUCCUGCACCGGCCGUAUGAGCUACGGCAGUAGCAGAAUGGUAUCACUGCUACGGCCACGCAGCUCGAAUAUGCUGCAUGAACAGACUUCGGGCGAGCUGCUGCCGUACGCUAUCAUGAACAGCCCUUCGAGAAUACAGCUGGGCACUUCACCAGGCGAGUUGUGCAGUAGAUACGACACUGAAUUUCUCAUAUGCUUUACUUGCUUAUCCGCCACGAAGUCAUAUUUCGAAUCUUCUUGUAUUCUUGUUUCAGGUGUGCUGUCCUCGGAGUUGUCCAAGCCGCUAGCAUCAGGGCGCUUCGUGGUUGACGCCUCUGUGGAGCAACCGCUGCAACAGUUAGACGCUAUGGUUUCGUCAAUCCAGUCAACGCUUUCUGCCGUACAGCUGCAUCUGGACGUGCCGGGCGGCGGGGGCGACAUGCAAGAAACCCGCCUGAACGACAUAGCGGCGGUGGAGCUCAUGGAAAUCAUCGGUCGAGGCGGCCAGGGAGUAGUUUUCCGGGGCAUGGUCCACGGCAUUGAGGCGGCGAUCAAGGUGAUUAGUCAUAGGGAGGAUGCCGAGGGGGCUGCGAAUGCCAAGUCGGCGGCGGCGGCGGCGGCGGCCGCGGCUGGGACCCCCCCGCGGACCCUGGAGUCGCCCAUGGUCGUGGAUGAGGCACGGAUGCGGGAACGCAAGCGCAACUUGCUGCGCGACGCUUUGGAACUUGCCGUGACGACCACCAUUAGUCAUCCGAACAUCGUACAGAUGUACGGCUACUUCACCGAUUGCGUCGUAGUGCAGUACGCUAAUCAGGCCAAUCGUCUAAAGCUGCUGCCAGCGGAUAGUGAGGCGCUACAGCAGUACGGCAGUCAAAGGGGUCCGGUCAACACAGUGAUGUGCAUGGAGUUUUGCGAUGACCUCAAGCCUUCCAACGUGCUGCUCAAGAGCUCGCUGCGGGAUACCCGGGGUUGGAUCUGCAAGCUGAGUGACUUUGGUUGUGUGCGGGUGAUGAAUGAGGAGGGAGAUGACGGUCGACUGGGCUUCAGGCAACCGCAGCCACUGGGGACUCUUACUCACAUGGCCCCGGAGAUGUUUGUGCACGCCGGCCUGCUAGAUGCUGGUGUCGACAUCUACGCAUUCGGCAUCAUUAUGUGGGAGCUCAUUAUGGUGGCUCCGCUGUACGACGGUACGGUGCCCAAGGAGAAGCUGCCGUCGAUGAUACGCCGCGGUCUGAGGCCCAUCUUCCAUCCUCUCGUUCCGCCAGAAUACAGGAUGCUGGCCACGGCUUGCUGGCAGGACGACCCCCGCCGUCGACCCACUGCUGCCGUACUUGUCAGCAUGCUGCAACGUCUGCUUGUACGAGCGCAAGCCACCGCCAGGUCGGGAUCGUCGUAUGGCAGCAUCGGCGGCCACCACGCCGCCAGCAAAGCCAUGUCGUCAUCUUUCUCCGGCAUUGGACCAGCUCAGGCCGCUUCGCCGGCUGCAGAGCCGGAUGCCUGCUCCGCUGCCGGCGGCGGUGGCGCCGCCCCCGCCUCGGCUGCUGCCGCUCUGCCGUCACGACAUGUGUACGGAGGUGUAAUGCGCCGUAACACUGUUGCAUCGAGUCUCGGCCAAGCAGCAGCGAGCCACGGCGGCGGAGCCGCCGCCGCUGCCGCCGCCAGCGGCGGCAGUGGUGCGGGAGGUAGCGGGCAACGUCAAGCGUUCCCGCCGCCGCUACCAAGCCCCCUUUCCAGGGAGGCGGGCCCGGCAGCGCGGGCUGCCGUACGGAUGGGUGACGGCGGCGGCGUCAAGGCUUCGGCGCGCCUUGCUGAAUCCCCAAUACUGUCUCAACCCCAAGCCGGCUCUAUGAAUGUCACAGCCCUAAGCCCCCUGGGCACGGGGCUAGGCCCGCUGGCGUCACCGCCACUGGCGUCGCCGCCACUGGCGGCAGCGUCAGGUGACGGCGCCCCACUGGUAGGCCCAGCUCCCGCAAGCGUGACGUCGAGGGCCGUCGCCUCCGGCGGCGUCACCGACGCUGCAGCCGCAGCCGCUGCUGCUACUGCAGGGCCCCUUGAUGACGUGGCGGCGGCUCCGACCACCACCUCGACGGCGGCGAAACGUGCCGUCGCUGCCGGUACGGCAUCAGCUGGAUCCGCGAUAUCGGCGGCGCCCUUUUCCUUGGACGCGCAGGCUAGCAGUUUGCUGGGCAUCGGGAACACUACUGCCGGGGAUCCGCAUGCAAGCUCCUCCACCUUCGCCGCCGCCAACGCCGCUAGAGCCCUGGUCUCCGGCGGCGGCGGCGCCGCUGCCACCAACGCCAACGCCGCUGUGGUCGCACCUCACUCCCCCGCUGCCUUCGAAUCUCCCGACGCCCUUCUGCCCCUGCGAGGUAGCGUCUUUCCCACGGGAAGUCUCGGACCGCUAACUGCCUCAACCGCCAACGGCGGCAACACGGGAGAUGAGUUGGUUGGGCUGUAG